AUGGAGGACCUCCAAACUCAGUCUCUCUCCCUACCCGAAUUCACGAAUUUGAUGGCACCAAACCCACUCUCCUAUUCUUCCCACAGCGAUUGGCACGUCUUCUCCGGCGACCGUCAAGAAUCCGAAUUCACGAAGCCCACCUCCAAUUUCUCCAAUUCGAUCACCAAAAUCAAAAUCAAAGCGGCGCUGGAGCUCUUCGACUUCAUCUGCUUCCCCUCCCUCGUUCAGUUCUGGUCGCCCACCAUUUCCCAAGACCAGCAAGAGCUUCUUCAUUCGUCCGACUUGCCUUUCGCCCUUAGAGGUCUGCGGAAGGGGAUUUGUUUAUUCCGUAAGCGUUGCUCCGAUCACAGAUACAAUGUCCGUGGCGAUCGCUGCGGCCCUCCGGGUCGGGUUUUCCGGCGGAGGUUUCCGGAAUUUUGCCCCGAUUUGAGAUGUUACUCUGAGGAGGAGUUCGAGUUGAAGGAUUUGGCCAUGGCUGCCGGAAUCCGUGGGUAUUUGUGUUUGCCGGUGUUUGAGCCUGAUUGGAAUUUCUGUAUCGGAGUUGUUGAGAUUUUGACGAUAAUGGAUGGAAGCUUUUACUUCGCCAAUGUGAUCGAUAAAGUAUCAGCUUCACUCAAGGAGGUUGGAUUGAGGUGCUCUGAUGCAUUCUGGCCAUUUGACACAAAUCAACUAACAUACAAUCAACUUGAAAAUCAGGGUCCCGGACAAUAUAAACUUGCUGUCGAUGAGAUACAGAAUGUCUUGGACGUGCUAUGUAAAGCAUACAAAUUACCUUUUGCUCAGACUUGGGUUGCCAUCAGGGGUGGAGCCAAUGAAGAAAGCUUCAUUUCCACGGCCAAAAUGGAAUCGGUCACUAGGUUUUCUUCGUUUCAAAGAGACUGCAACUGGUUCCAUUUGAGAAAGGGUCAGGGCAUUGUGUGGAAGGCAUUGUCAUCUGGUGCUUGCUUCUGCAGAGAUGUAACCAAGUUAAGCCUAGUUGAUUAUGCUUUAGCACUCAGUGCACGAAAGGUUGGUUUUACGGGUGGGUUCGCUAUUUGCUUGCAAAGCACCUACCCUAGAAAUCUUCAAUAUAUAAUAGAGUUGUUCCUGCCUCCAAACCAGACAAUUUAUCAGCAACCCCGGAUUUUUCUGACUUCACUUUUAGACACAAUGAAGCAGGAAUUUAAAACCUUCAAGCUUAGAACAGGACAGGAUGUACAUGUUGAAGUUCUUCAGACUUCUGAGGAUGAUCCCCUCGAUUCGUUUGUAAUGAGUAAAACUAUGCAUGCAAGUGAAAGCUUAGAGAACCAAGCAAAUAAAGCUCAACGAACCCCAGCCGUGCCAUUGCCUAUUGAUAAUAGAGCUAACAGUUGUAGACCAGAAACUGUUAGAAUAGGGGAAAACACUGCUAGUUCAUCUCUUGUUUCCAAAUGCUGCCAUAACGAAAAGGCGGUACCAUCACAUGAUACUACCCCAAAUAACACUAGGGAUGAACUAAAUCCACAACGGAUUUUUCGGGCCCGCAUUGGUUCUACGAGGAAAUUAAGCUUGGGAGAGGUAGUAAGCACAAAGGCUCCUCAAAACCUAUCUGAGAAUAGAGUAGAUAACCUUAAUUCUAAGAGAUCCAUCUCAAAUAACAUGAAAGCUGCAUCUGGCAUAAAUGGCAGGAAGAGAAGUAGAGUUGGCUGUUCUGCAGAGAAACAUAUUGUAGAAACUAUCCAGCAGUGUCGUGUGAGUCCUCCCGAUGAGGGUCACUCUUCUCAUUCUUCUCUUUCACCAUAUAUGGAAAACCUAGGAUGCAUCAUGACAGUGAAGGCAGACUUUGAAGGUGAUACUAUAAUGUUCAAAGUUCCCGCAGACUCUGGAAUAACGAAACUGAAAGAUGAAGUUGUGGAAAUGUUAAAAUUAGAUGGUGCAACUUUUGAACUCAAGUAUCAACGUGAAGACAAAAUUUGGGUCGUACUUGAUACCGAUGCAAAAUUGUUGGAGUGUGUGAGUGGUUUCACAUCAUCGGGUCUAAAUAAGAUCAGGCUUUCCAUCAUGUCUAUCAAAAUGACAGUGAAGGCAUCGUAUAAAGAUGAUCUGAUAAAGUUUGAGCUCCCUCUUUCAGCCGGAAUAUUAGAACUGAAGAAUGAAAUGAUAAAUAUGUUAAAAUUGAAUGAUGGCAGUUUCGAAAUCAAGUACACUGAUGAGAACAACAGUCCUAUUUCUCUGGAUAGUGAUAAAGCCUUGCAGAAUUGUAUCAAUACAGCAAAGGCACUAAAGAAAACUACAAUAAGGCUCUCCAUUCAGCCCAUUGUACCUCAAACAUCAACCAGCAACGAAUGCAUAGCGAUUGUGAAAGCUACUUAUGGAGGUGAUAUUAUAAAGUUUAAGUUCACUGCUUCAUCAGGAAUAAUGAAGUUGAAGGAUGAAAUGAGUAAGAUGUUAACAAUAGAAACUGCAAGUUUUGUUGUCAAGUAUCCCGAUGAAUGUGGCAACGAAGUUGCAGUGGAUGGAGAUGCAGCUCUGACCGACUACAUGACUAGGAUGGCAUCUUUCGGCACUGUCAGAAUCUCUCUUCAACGUAUAGACCAACCGGCUUAACCUCAAAGAAGCUGCGGUGCAGAAACCCCUACUUACACUUGAUGGAGUACGCCACUUAUUUCAUUUUUUGAAGCAGGCAUAUUUAUUGUAAAUGUAUGUUGUGUAAAUGAAUAAUAAAAAUGAUACUGGUUAAAAAAAUUUCCCUUUUCA